UGCUCCGGAUUUGCACGCCGAUCGCGCCGUCGCUUGCCGUCGCUCCGCCACCGGUGUUGCCGUCUCUCCCUUUUUGUUUGGUUUCUCCGCGCGAGCCCCCGCGUACGUUUUCUCCGAGUUAACGCCGACCGAGAGCCGCGGAGCCGGGAAACAGUAGGUAUCAUGUCGCACGGCGGCAGAAACGAGUGUAGGAUAUACGUGGGCAAUCUGCCGCCGGACAUCCGUACGAAGGACAUCCAAGAUCUGUUCUACAAGUUUGGUAAAGUUACUUUCGUUGACCUGAAAAACCGCCGUGGCCCGCCUUUCGCUUUCGUCGAAUUCGACGAUCCAAGAGAUGCGGAGGACGCGGUGCACGCCAGAGACGGUUACGACUACGACGGCUACAGAUUGAGAGUCGAAUUUCCACGCGGCGGUGGCCCCAGCAAUAAUUUCCGCGGUGGACGCGGGGCUGGGGACAGCGGGAGGGGUGGCCGCGGUGAGAUGAGCAAUUCGCGCGGCCGUGGACCGCCCGCGCGACGAUCGCAGUACAGAGUCCUGGUUAGCGGUCUACCGCCCUCCGGCAGCUGGCAGGAUCUCAAGGACCACAUGCGCGAGGCCGGUGACGUGUGCUUCGCGGACGUUUACAAGGACGGCACUGGGGUCGUUGAGUUUCUGAGACACGACGACAUGAAGUACGCUGUAAAGAAGUUAGACGAUUCGAGAUUUAGAUCGCACGAGGGCGAGGUAGCUUACAUCCGUGUGAAGGAAGACCAUAGCGGUGGCGACAGAGGACGCAGCGAAGACCGAGAAAGGGGCCGUUCCCGUUCGCGAAGCUACAGCCCACGGCGCCGUGGUUCUCCUACUUACUCGCCGUUGCGGCGUAAUUACUCGCGAUCAAGAUCUCGCUCCAGAUCUCGCUCGUACGACUAGUAUGUACGUAUGUGUUUCACAUGGUAAUAUAAGUACAGGUUUUUAUUGAUAUUUGCUCUUUACCAUGUUUCAUUAUUGCUGAUUUAAAUUUCACUCGAUUAAGAUUUCCAAAUCCAAUCCAGACACAGGUUUUGUAAAAAAAAAAUAUUUAAAUUGGUUUCCUAAUAUUGCUUGAAUUCAAUAACUGAUUAAUGAUUGUAUUGUAUCUCUGUAUAAUUAGAGCACGGUUUAUUUCGUACAUACAUAUGUCACAAUUAUUCUUUAAGUUCCUUGCUUUCAAAAUAAGUAUAUCUUAUCAUUCGACCCAAAAGCAAGUUAAUUUAGCGAUUUCAUUUUUAGUCAUUAUUCUGACAAAAGUUUCGCAAUAUUGAAUUAUUUUACAUGGUUAUAUAAAAUACGGUAAUUUUAAUUGUUCUGAAUCUUAUUGUUCUAAAAAAAAAAAAAAAAAAAUGAAAUCGUGCUCGAGAUCAUGUGUAACUGUUCAUCCAAAAACUGUCGGAUUUAAUUUUAAAAAUACAUUCCUCCAUAUAUUUGCCAACUUCUUUUGUCAUCACUACCACUUAUGAAAUGUGUAACAAUUUUGAAGUAUUAUUAAUGAGCCUUUCUGACAAAAUUAGACCUAAAUCAUUAACUCUUAGCUACCAAUUUAUUCUGGCUUUUAACUUUAAUGUAAAUAACAAACAAGAUCACUAAUAUUUAUGAUGAAUACUUUUAUUGACAAUAAUUUAUUCACUUUUUACUAAUAUACGUUUUUAACAAUGGUGGCUACUUUAAUGUAUUAAUAUAUAUUGAUGCUUAAGACUUUAUUUGUAUUCGAAUAUACUUUGUAUGGUGUAAAAUAUGAAAUCUUAGAGUUUGCCUAAUAAAAGUUUCUUUUUGAUAAUCUUUCAUAACUAUCAUGUGACUUUACUAACAUCCUUUUAUAAUCGAAAUCAUCUUCACACUUAGGACAAUUUUAUCCCAUAUUACUAUGAAAGUGUUAAACCUUAUCAUAUACAAAAAACAGACAUAUACAGGAAUAUGGGUAAACUGUUUGUACUAACACACAUGUUCAAAUACACAUUUUAUAGACAUUAAUAAACAUAAAAAAAACAGGGCUUAAAUUAAUACUUAUUUUAGCUUAAGAUGCCUUGCUCUCGUAAUAAGUUUUCAAGUUGAUAUUAUAAUAAGCAGUAAUUAUUAUAUAAUACGACAGCAUAUCUGCAUAUCUAAUCGUCUGAAUUAACAUACUACAUAAAUAAAGUGGAACAACUAUUGCUAAUACGUUAUGUAGGCAGAAGUCAUGCGCUACUGCCUCUAGUUGCAGAUUUCUUAACGCAUUAGGAAUCGAUUUUCCAAUACUAAAUCCUUGUCAAAAAAUCUGUAAUUUAAGAGAAAAUACACAAUAUGCGAUAUAUUCUGUAUACAUGCGUCUUAAUAACAAAUAAACAAAUUAAAAGAGUAGCAUGCUGUAUAUUCAUGUUACAAACAUUUUUUUUAUAUAGAAUACGCGUAUAUGUUAAUUCUAACGUGUACAUAGAAAUAAAUACCUCAAGAUUGUUUACACGAUUCAUUUACGCAACUUACCAUUUAAAUCAAAAUAAUUUCAAAUCGAAUCAGUGGUGAUGACAAUAUAUCGCGCAUAUAUGUAUAAUAAAAUAUAUGUAAUAUUUAUUAUACACUACACACAUAAUUAUAUUGGCACAAAAAUCUUUCUUUUUAUUAUCACUCCCAUACAAUCUAAUUAAUUCGCUUUAUAAUAACACGCAACUGUAUUUGACAAUAGACUUGGAUGACCUUUAA